UAUAAAUAAAUAAAUAUCUAGGCCUGCUUGAACCCAAACCAUUCAGAUUUGAGAGAAGCUCCUCUCCUGAGACGUUAACUACAAAAGAUGGAAAAUGGUAGUAGGAACAACGCGUUGAAGCCGAUGGACUCUGAGCAACUGAGAGAGUACGGACAUCAAAUGGUUGAUUUCAUUGCUGAUUAUUACAAGACCAUCGAGACUUUCCCUGUCCUUAGCCAAGUUCAGCCUGGUUAUCUUCAUAACCUUUUGCCUGAUUCACCACCAGACCAACCUGAAACGCUGGAACAAGUUCUUGAUGAUGUUAAAGAGAAGAUAUUGCCUGGAGUAACGCAUUGGCAAAGCCCUAGUUUCUUUGCUUAUUACCCUGCUAACAGCAGCGUUGCAGGGUUCUUGGGUGAGAUGUUGAGUGCUGGUCUUAACAUUAUUGGUUUUAGUUGGGUUUCUUCUCCUGCUGCCACUGAGCUCGAGAUGAUCGUUCUUGAUUGGUUUGCAAAACUCCUCAACCUGCCAGAGCAGUUUCUAUCCAAAGGAAAUGGAGGUGGAGUGAUCCAAGGGACAGCUAGUGAAGCUAUUCUCGUUGUUUUGAUUGCUGCCCGCGAUAAGGUCUUAAGAAGAGUUGGCAAGAAGGCGCUUGAAAAGCUCGUUGUCUACUCCUCUGACCAGACACAUUCUUCUUUACUGAAAGCUUGCCAGAUAGCAGGAAUACAUCUAGAGAAUUGCAGAAUGCUGAAAACAGAUUCCUCUACAAAUUACGCUUUGCGUCCAGAAUCACUUCAAGAAGCUGUUUCUGGGGAUCUUGAAGCUGGAUUGAUUCCAUUCUUCUUAUGUGGCACUGUUGGAACCACUUCUUCAACAGCAGUUGAUCCACUAGCAGCGCUGGGAGAGAUAGCAAAGAGAAAUGAGAUGUGGUUUCACGUGGAUGCAGCGUAUGCUGGAAGUGCUUGUAUAUGUCCAGAGUAUAGACAGCACAUUGACGGUGUAGAAACUGCAGACUCUUUUAACAUGAAUGCUCACAAAUGGUUGCUCACUAACUUCGAUUGUUCCCUACUUUGGGUGAAGGACCAGUAUGCUCUCACUGAAGCUCUUUCAACAAAUCCAGAGUUUCUCAAAAACAAGGUAUUGAAUUUGUAUUUUGAUUUCUUAAAAUUCAAAUCUUACGAGUCUUUUUAUCAACUUUUUUGUUUUGUUUUUUUUUGGCAGGCGUCUCAGGCAAACUUGGUUGUUGACUACAAAGAUUGGCAAAUACCUCUCGGAAGAAGAUUCAGGUCAUUGAAACUAUGGAUGGUUUUAAGGCUCUAUGGAGCUGAGAUCUUGAAGAACUAUAUUAGAAACCAUAUCAAACUGGCUAAAGAUUUCGAACAACUUGUCUCUCAAGAUCCUAACUUUGAGGUUGUCACUCCUAGGAUCUUUUCUCUGGUCUGUUUCCGUAUCGCGCCUGUGGAUAACGAUGAAAAGACAUGCAACAACCUAAACCGCAACCUCCUAGAGGCAUUGAACUCUUCAGGGAAACUCUUCAUUUCUCACACUAUCUUGUCGGGAAAAUUCGUACUACGUGUCGCCAUAGGAGCGCCCUUGACUGAGGAGAAGCACGUAAUGGAGGCAUGGAAGGUUAUCCAGGAAGAAGCAUCAAACAUACUUGCUUCUCAAGUAAACUAAGCUAAGAAAAGCUUUAUGAGAAAAAACCUCCUGUUCUUACCAACAAACAGAAGCACUUGUUUCGUUUGGUUUAAUUUGAUUUGAUAUCAUUAUAAAAUCAUACUAGAGAUUGAUCUAUCCCGGGCAGAAAUUUUUAUCUUUUCUAAAAUUGAUAUUUUAUUUUUCA